AAUACUAUGUUAUUCACGCAAGCUUGCUGUAGCUUCAAGGGUUCACCACGUGGACAAAGCAGAACACAACACCUACAAUUAAAACAGUAGCGUUUCAUUUCUGUUUCAGUUUCUGUUUCUACAGAAAAAGAAAAAUUUAACUGUUCUGGUCGAAACACAAGUUUGGCAUUUUCAUCCCUCAGAUUUAUUUUAAAUCUGGGUUUCCGGUUCUGGAAACUGGAGAAGGCAGAGUGGAAAGGGGAGCCGACAGAUCGAGGCUAGAGUAUCGAAGUGACAGGAAAUAGCGAUCCUUUUUACGUUCUAUAUGAAACCAUGGACCAUACCACCAGCUCUAAAAGAUGCCAAAGAAGGUUGUUCAAGAGGCAGCUGGUUGGAAGGGAGGGACCAGACAGCUCCCAGUGUAACCCAGCCCAGAAACCUCCAGUGAAGAGAUCUAGAGCUAGUGCCCAGCAAGAUGUAAAAGCUCGGUUGUGUUGGCAAGGGCAUGUCCCUUUCCACACUCACCACAAGGAUGGUGUUCUUAUCUGUGAUGACUUCCUCACUGGGCACUGCCUCCUCGGGGAGGAGUGCCAGCAACACCACACUCCACGCCCCUAUCACUGGCAGCUGCGGCAGACACUCUCCAGGGACUGGGUCAACGUAUCCGAGCUCGGACAGAAACAUCUGGAGGCCCUGUUUUGCAACCCUGACAAAACAGACAUCACCCUGAGCUGUGAGAAUGCUGGGGGAGAAGAGGACUUAGUCCAAAGACAGCACAGUGCAUUCUCCAAGUUAGACCUCAACACCCUGAUACCUCAAAAUAACUGGAGUUACAACAAAGUGCGAAGGCUGGCCACCACCAGCAAUACUGAUUUGAAUCCACACUUCCUGACAAAGUGGAACCUCUACUGGCAAGAGCUGGGGAAAUGGAAACUGUACAAAGAGCCAGUAGUCAGCCAACUAGAGGCAGCUUUUGAGAAGGGCAUGUGGAACCAAGCCUUCAUGCUGAAUGGAAACCUGUAUAACGUCGACCUGAAAAAGUACACUCAGUGCAACAUCAAAACAAACUUCACCAGGGAGGUGCGGCGACGGCCACAGCUUAUAUCAGACACGGAGCUGUGGCCCCUGAUAAAGACAUUACCGCUGGAGGAAAGCAAGAAACAACCUGUAGUGUCAGGGCCAGACCCUCUUAAGCCAUCCAAGAGGCGGUUACCUCCCACCUGGGUGCCUGGCCAUCCCAGGAAAGAGGUUUUCGCCCAGAUUCCUGUGCUGAAAUCGGGGGUAGCCUUUGCAUGCAUUCACAGUCUUUUCCACAGCAGUUUGUCAAAGUCUGAGGCAAUCAUCCUUGACAUUUACCAGAUACAGAACAUGCACCAGUGGACCAAAUACACAAUCCAAAAGAAGUUCAUGUCUCGGGGCUUAUCCAGCGCUGAACUGAGUCAGCUGGAGCUGCCACUCUUCCACGGCACCACCGAGGAGGCUGUCCAGUCAAUCUGCAAAAACAACUUUGACCCGCGUGUCUCCGGACAGAAGCACGGCAGUAAUUACGGACAGGGCACCUACUUUGCAAAGAACGCCAGCUGCUCUGCCAGGUAUGCCAUCGAGUCGAAGAGCGGGCAUAGCUACAUGUUCCUGGCAAUGGUUCUUGUGGGCAAGUCUGCAGUCGGGAAACAGUCCUUCCGACGCCCACCACCCCUGGAGCCCGACUCUCCCACCAGCGACCUCUACAACUCCUGCGUGGACAAAGUGCAACAACCCCAAAUGUUUGUGAUCUUCGACAGCUGCCAGUGCUACCCCUACUUCCUCAUUCACUACAAAAAGCUUACAGACACUGUAAAUGUAUUUUAAAAGUAAUGACCCCCUAUUGCACACAACAUCACUAUAUAUUUGCAAGUUCUUUGCUUCAAAUUGUAUUUUCUUAAUGCAAUGCAUAAGCCCUUUUUCAUAGUGUUAUUAACCCUUCACCAAUCUAGCUCACUGCUAGUCAGAUACAGUUAUAGGUAAAACCAGUACGUACGCACUCACAAUCAGAAAGGUCUGUUGGCUAGGAAUCUGAUAAAAUGGUAGUUUGUAGGAAAUGUGUGAAAAUUCAAUGCAGUCGUUGUUUUUACCAAGUAGAGUGUGACACGGACAUGUUCAGUGCCUAAGAGCCCAUAUUUUGAAUGGGGACCCUAAAAAUGAAUCUCAGUAUUGAUCAGCAGCUCCAGAGCACACAGAAGCACUGCACACAUCAUGAACAGACGUUUCUCACGUCUGUUUCCUUGCGUCAUUUUAAGUAACAAGCAGACUAAGCUGGGGUACUGGCAGGUACAAUAAAAAGAAACUGGAAAGUGUGGACGGGUAGCUGGCUACAUGGGGGCACCAGGACAAUUGUUAGAUCAAUGAUUGUUUAAUUGAGCCAUCUCGGUUAAACAUCUACAGCUGGAUCUCUACAAUAUUGUCCUUCAAAUCAAUAGAAAAACUGAUAAAUGUCACCAUUAUGGCUUCUCUCAACACCUUUUUCAUGUCUCUACCCGGACUUGAAUUGUGAUGUGACAGAGAAGACUAUAUGUUUUGUGUUUUUGUUAAAAUGUUAAAAUAUUAAACUUUGUAUAGUUUUCUGUGUUUGUAUGCUAUUGUUCAAUUGAAAAUGAUUCUUUGUUAGCCUCAGGAAUACCGUUGUACUGCUGCAUGCUUUGCUACAUACAGUAAAG